GAUAACACCAUUUACAUACAAAAGGUGUUAAAUCAAAAUAUAUCUACAUAAUUAAUUCUUGAAUCAAGAUCAUUAAUAGAAAAUGAGCCAAGAACAGCCAAGGAAGCCAGAUGAAGCCGAGAAAGAAACCGUCAAACAUGAGGAUCUUGUGGUAAAUUUUCAAGGAGCGCUUGCUCGGAAGAAAGCUGUUGCUGAGUCAAUUGGUGGACAGGUACUUGGGCAAGACAAAAAGGCUCCACUUAGCUCAGAAUCAGUAUCAUCAGGAAAAACAAACAUUACCAUAGGUGAAGCCCUUGAAGCCACUGCUCUCACCGCCGGAAACAGGCCGGUGGAUUACAGCGACGCAGCGGCAAUACAGGCGGCAGAAGUGAGAGCCACCGGACGUACUAACAUUAUCCCUGGUGGAGUAGCUGCUGCAGCUCAGUCAGCAGCUACUCGCAAUGCUCGCGUUACCAAAGAGGAAGAGAAAACAAAACUGGCUGAAAUACUCGCGGACGCGAGUACAAAAUUACCAGCAGAUAAGCCAGUGACACGAAAAGAUGCUGAGGGAGUGAUAGGUGCAGAACUGAGGAAUGAUCCAAACUUGUGCACUCGUCCUGGUGGUGUGGCUGCUUCUAUUGCUGCUGCAGCAAGGCUCAACCAAAGUCACACCACAACCAGCACCAACAAUAAUCAAAACAGCAACAGUCUCAAACAAAAAUUGAACUAGAACGACCGAGUAAACUACUGUAAUAUCUAAUCCUGCAAUUUUCUUCUCCAUUUUGACAUUUUCUCCGUUGUCUUCUUUCCAUACUUUAAAUCUUUCUUUUCUUUUCUCUUUUAAAAGCAUAACCCCACUUGAUGUUUUCUCCUGCCUUUUUGGUCAAGGAACUGUUACAAGCCCUAACUGAGGCUUAGCUAUAGGAUUGUAAUAUUGUAGUGAAUAAUACUUGGAGAAUCUGUCUAGUCAGUUUCUCUUCCCUUUCCUCUGUGCAAGGGUUGAAGAGUGUUUGAAGUUUUUUUUUUUUUUGAAGAGCAUGUAACUUUUUCGCCCGACUCUUCUGCACGUCCUAGGAGUUAGCGAUGUUUUUCCAUUACAGUCAUAAAUGCAUGCUUUACACUGUACAGAAGUAAUUAUCUAGUUCCACACAGUUUGCUGGAAAGCUUCACUUUCCCUUACAAUCUGAAAAGUGUUUCAUUUGUUAUUAAA